UCCCACUUCUUCUUGAAACCCCCAAAACAACCCUCCAAACCGCCAAACAGAAUGGCCUCCUCCACCAUCUUCCCCUACUCCUCAACCCACUACAACACCCUCCCCGAGUUCUUCACCGCCAAAGAAACUUUCAAGGCCAAGGAUGCCUCAAAGACUAUCGACACCACCCUCGCCUCGCUCUUCCUGCGCCAUAAGGUCCACGAGAACCUCGGCAUCCAAAUGCUACACACCCACUUCGCCAUCGGAGACGACGAGCGCCUCGUCAGCAUCGGCGCCGUCGCAGUCCCCAUCGAGCUUGACAUCAUCGUCGGUUCCGCUAUCAAGCCCCUUGUCUACCGCUUCGUCGACUCUGGUGUCGCGGUCUGCGAGUGGACACAGGGAAAUGAUGCUAAUGAGGUCGAUCUGUCUUCUCCCCAGUAUGCAGCCUUCAUGGCGGAGCUUCGCACCGCCCUUGAUGAGGCGGGACUCAUCGAUGUCCUCGGCAUCUUCGUUCGCCAGCCUGGAGACGGCGAGAUGAAGGGCGUGGAAUUCACUGCGGGACGCGCUAACAUCACUCUCCACAAGGAUGAACCCACCGAUGGGGGCAAGAGCGUCGAGGCCUCGUGGGUGUUCAUGGGGAAGACCAUUGAGCCGGGAGAUGCAACCACGUGCACCAUGUCAGCUUGCAACUCGUGGUGCCAAGAGUUCGUGGGUAACCACUCGUCUCGCCACAAGGAAAAGGGUGGCCGCUACGCCCUCGGGCGGGAGACCCAAGGCGCGAGCUUCAAGGACCCAAACCCACCCGUCGAGCUCCCCUCUCCCACCGAACUCGCAGCUCUCACCGAACUCGCAGCCGCAGCUCCCACCGAGCUCGCAGCCUCAGUCGACAUCGACACCCCCGUCAUGUCCGCAUGCAACUCAUGGUGCCAAGAAUUCGUCGGCAACCACUCAUCCCGCCACAAGGAGAAAGGCGGCCGCUACGCCCUCGAAGCUGAGACGCAGGGCUUUAGCGCCAACUUCAUGAACGCCCCUGUCCCCGUCGAGGCACCGAUCGAGCCUGUCACGCGCGUAAUGUCGGUGUGCAACUCGUGGUGUCAGGAGUUUGUGGGAAACCACUCCUCGCGCCAUAAGGAGAAGGGUGGCUAAAUCGCCUAAGGGGGGCCGGGCGCUGGUGGGUGGUAGGACGCAUGUGCCGGCGGGGUGAGAGGGGAUGGGUAGGUAGCGAUGACUUUGCGAUGACUUUGAAGGGGUGGGGAUGAGGAUAGUAAUGUGAUGAAUUUUUAGAAUGCUGUUUGCAAGUGACAUUUCCUGGUGCUUGUUGAUCGAUGGC